AUGGCAGGCGCAAGACUGACUAUCUAUCAGGACAUUGCCACUUUCCUGGUGCACAGCAUGGACCCGAGUUUAAGUUGCCAACAACUGAAGUCCAAAGGGAUCCGAUGUGGUGUGGCUGCUAUCGAUCACAACUUAUAUCAGUUUAUGAUCGCUGAAAGCGCAGAAGAAAUCCCAUACCGGCUGGUUACAGUCCCGCCGGCAACCGUUGCCCCCAAUGCAAAACCUGAAGCUUAUAAUCAGAAGACGCGCCGGUUUACAUUCACCCCAGAGGUCCAGCUGGAGUUCCAAAAUGUUUUAAGUGACAUAUGGGAGAAGAUAACUCAUCAGAUCAACGAUACAUGUGACGCAAAGCAGCAUCGAGUCAAUGCUCGUCCCAUCCUCUUCGGAACCCGGGCUAUCAAGUCCUCCUAUGUGCAAGAACAGAUGCGUCAUUUUGCUUCAAUAAAGGGUGUGGACUUUUACACUGUCCCCAGACGGAUUCGGUCGCUCGUGGUUCAGUAUGCCGAGCCAUACUGGGAGCCUCAUUAUUGUUUUGAGUCCCAAGCAUUAUGGUGUGGUCAUGAAAGAACUACCGCCGUGGCCUUCCUCCCAGCAAGCUUGAUGCUUCAUCGCCCGACCUGGUUUCUCCGAAAGGAAGAAAGGUUCAGUGCCCUUCACCAGGGCGUUGCGUGGAUAAGGAUAUGCCACAAACCGACGGAUGGUCAUAUUGUACGGAUCCCCAUCCGCGAAAGUGACUCGCAAGGUGAUCCUCCAGCACAAGUGGACAAUAGACGUAAGCGUCAUCUGGCUCUCCUAUCCUGCUUGAUUUUCUCUCCCUAA